AUGGCCGAAAUCGACGAGGCCAUUUUGCUCGGCGAUUCAAAAGAGACAGGUCGAAUCUCCGUCGACGACAGUGUUCUCGAUUUGGAUUCUGAUAUUGCGUAAGCUUUUUUAUUUAUUCUUUUAGGUCAUUGAUAAAUUCAGAGGAGAAGAUGAAGCAUCGAAACUGAAGAAGGAAGACCUCGAUCUGUACGACGACGUGAUAGCGCCGAGCAACACAUCUUUCGUACGUAUUUUCAUAAAUGAAUGUUUUGAAUUAAUUCUUUGCAGGAUUCAUCAACGCCGGUCACUACCGUUCCAGCCACGACCACGCCAGUAGAAGUUAAAACUCAACAAAAAUAUUCUUACUCAUCUUCUGGAGCAGCCACGUUUUCUACAUCAACGGAUAAAAAGUAAUAAAAAAGAUAACUCAAAAUGCAAAUUAAAUUUUUACAGGUAUUGCUGUUAUGUUGGCAACAUGGUUUGGUGGAAUACCGAUGCUGAUUUGAUGGUAAGAGCUUAUAUUUUCAAAAAAAAAGCUUUUUUGUUCAGAAGUUGAUGGCUGAGAUCGGAUUGGCGCGUAGCGACUUUGCUGACAUGAAAUUCUUCGAAAAUCGCACAAAUGGCCAGAGUCGUGGUUAUGCUUUGAUGGUUAUGAACACGGAGAAAGGUGAGUGGAUAGAAAAAGGAAAAUAUAGUAUGAAAAAAAAUUGACAAGCUUAGGUUAAUAUUUCGUGAAACUUGCGAGUGCAUGGAAGUCGAAAAUUUUUAUCUAAGUGAGCCAAAAAAAAAGUUGUUCUACUCUGAAACUAAGUGAUUCUUCUUUUUUUGAAGCUAUUUUUGGUUUUCUGAAGCUAUUGUAAACAAACAUUUUUAACUAUAAUCUUCCUUUAUUGAAAGUGUCAAGUUUGAGAAGGAUUGAAAAUGAUGCGGAUGAGGAGAAAUUGAACUUUGAAACUGUUUCCUUCUUGGGAAUCACAUGGACAAUUUUCGGGCUUUUUUAAAUUUGGGCUUUUUUAUGCACUUUCAGUUUUGUCUUGAAGAAUUAAAAAAAAUUUUCCUGUAGUGGAAGAAAAAUAAAGUCAAAAACUGAUUAUCAAACUCCAUUUCCAAGUCUUAAAAAUACAAAAGUCGAUAUGCACUUUUUUAUAUUCAAUUAUUUUUCAGCCGUGAAAACUCUCUUGGAACAACUGCCGUCGAAGCAAAUGCACGGCCAGAAUCCGAUCGUCCUUCCCUACAGCAAAAUUUCGCUGGCCAAACUCGAAGACGGGCAGGCGAAGCCGUUGAUGCGCGCGGAUACCAAGGCGAAGAAGGUAGGAGCCGCGUUGCGUAGGGCGUAGCGCAGGGGGUAGAGCGUUUGCUCGCCGUCCGCGCGGUCGCUGGAUCGACUCCCCAUCGCGCUCAUAAACUCAGCAGACAACCGGUUCGGAAGGUUGCAGGCUGGUAGCGGGCGCAAGAGAGAAUCUCUAUCUUACCAGCCAGCAACGAUUAAUAAAUUGUUGGUUAAAAGAACGCGUACAAUUUUUGCUUUUUUUGGUGUGAAAUUUUUAUUUCAGUUUAACAUCGUUUUUGAUAGAAAGAAACCCGUUUGGCGGAUUUUGUGUGAAAUUUUUUAUGUAGUGAAAAUUUCUCUGAUUUUUUCGAGAUCCUCCAGAAGUUAGAAUGCUCUUCAUAUACGUGUAAAAAAUGAAAUAUAUGUUUUUUCAUUCAGAAAAAAUUGUUGAUUUCACUUUUUAUAGAAAUCUAUUUGAAAUAUUCCCUACAAGCUAUGUUUCGAAUAGAAUUUUUAGAAUUUUCGAUUUAAUUUUUAGAAAUUUCAGAUUGCGUGAAAGAAGUUUUGUGAAGUUUUUGAUCAAAGUCUAGUCAUCUUUUCCAUUUUCCUCACACUUUUCUUCAAUAAGGACCAAGAAAAAUGUCAAAAUUUUCAAAAUAGCCUCACCAACUAAGCCACCAAGUGUUCAUAUUCAGAUAGAAGAGAACUGCGUCAACAUGGGAACCAUAAGAAUAGGUGGAACGAGUUCCGGCGGCGGAAUGAUGAUGGGCAACCGUGGACCAGCGGGAAUGAUGAUCCGUCCUUCUGGGCCUACGCCGUUGAUGCAGCCGCUCCCUGGACCGCCGCCAACAAGGAUCAUGCCGAUGAACGGUGGAAUGGCUCAGGUUGGAAUUAGUCGAAAAAACAGUCUUGAAAUGGAUAUGAGAAGAUCUUUCGAACUAUAGAAAAGUCGGCGGUCGCAGUUUUUUGGAAGAAGCUCUAACGGUUCUUAAGCUAGUACUAGUUGAUGAAAACGGAGAACAGAAAUAGAGAAAUAGACAAUUUUAUCAGCAUUUAGAGUGGUCUUUGAAGUGUGAACUAUAAAAAUUUCGAGUUUUUCUUUAUUUUAUUUUUUCUUGGGAGGGAAGGGGGUGAGAUCGUAAUUUUACUUUUUAGAGCUCCUAUCAUAGUGAAUCUUUGAUAAAUCCGUGAUUGAUUGUUAAAAAAAAACAAGGCGAAUUAUUCUGAAAAUAAAAGCCGUUUUAUCGAUUCAUACAAUAUUUAAAAACACUUCAGCAAAGCUUAUUUGAUGGUUGAUUAAAUGAUCAGUCAAUAUUUAUUUUUUAGUCAUGGAUUCAAUGGGGGAACAAGAGUUUUUCAAAUCAAAAUCGAAUAGACGCCUCUAGUAGACUAGAAGUCCAAACGUGUAGUCGAAAGAAGCAUGUCAUUGAAAUUUAAAAAGAAAUGCAAAAAUUAGACUUUUUUUCCAGCCAAUGAUGAACCGUCCUCAACCGCUCAUCGGAGCUCCGCCACAGCAGCAAGGACCAACUGCGGCCGGCAUCGCUCAGCAACUUCUCGGCGUCAUCGCGCAGACGGCGAAUCCGGGCGGUCAAAUGCGCCAAAUGAUGCCCAAUACCAACACCCUUCCUCCUCCAAUGCAACAGGUACUUAGGGGUAUCGUGAGGGAAACGUUUCGGGAAUUCAAUAGUUUAAAAAGAACUGUUUUAAAAGGUAACCGAAACAACUAUGAGAAGUACUAUUUAAGAGCUAUGAAAUUUAGUUUUUGAAAUUUCAGCCAAUGAUGAGCGCGCCGCCGCCGAACAACAUGCCGUUCAUGACCCAAGGACCUCCGCCAAACAUGCAGGCUAGGUAAAUGAAAAGUCUAGAAAGUUCGCGGCUUUGAUAACGAAAAAGAGGCGUUUUCUGCGCUCUCCACAGACUAAGCAUUGUCUCUUCAUUUAUCGUAUCGGGAUCUUUUUCUUUAUGAUUAGCCAGACGUGAACCAACUAUCGACUAUUUAUGGCUGGCAUGAGAUACAAAAGAAAACAUGAAUUUUUCUGAAUUUUUACCGAUCAGCAUAUAUGAGCAAACACAGUACUCAUUCAGCCCGGGAGGAAGGGUUGGAUUAAAAUGUUUCGAACAAUCAGGAAAAAAUCCAAGUUUCAAUCCCAGGGCUUUUGGCCACAAUAAUACAAGUAUUAGCUCCUGGAAGGUAGUAUUACCUUUAUUUUAGGAAAAAUUGGAAGAAAGGGUCGACGACCUUAAAAGAAUGGGUUUUCCAAGUAUGCCGAAUAGACGUUUUUUAAUCGCGUCAAGACCCUAAUUCUAAGAGCUUCAGAACAUCUUUUAUUAUUUUUUGUAUAAAUUAUAUUUUAAAAUCCAACAAAAACCUGCUUCCCACUAGUAAAAUCUCGAGCUUGAGCUUCAAACUUGAUUCUAUCAAUAUAAUUAUCAUUGCAUCAGUAUAAUAUACUUUUUGCUUUUCCAGACCACCCCAGUUCAAUCCGAACCCGAUGGGCUACGGUCAACCGCAGCCGUUGAUGGGAAUCAAUACGGCGAUGAAACCGCCGCAAGCCAUGCCCGUACAUGUCAAUCCACAGGUUUCAGAGCAGAAAAAUGGAAAAAAAGCGGAAUUUUCAUACAAAAAAUAGAGAAAAAUGGUUUUGAAAAGGGAACAUACGAAAACAGAAAGUAAAAAGAAGUUAUUUUAAGUUUUACAAUUUUCGAAAAAACGUUCAUAUUCCAAUGGAAGUAGCUAGGAUAACAGCUUUCUUCGAUACAAUAUCAAAUAUUCACGAUUCAAAAAAUAUGGAAAUCAAUUUCCAGAUGCUCUCCUCGAUGCAGGGCGGCCACAUGUCGAUCAACGAGGUCGAAUUUGAAGAAAUCAUGAAUCGAAACAGGUUUUUGAACUAUUUCAAGCAGUUAUAUGGCUGUUUGUUGUUCAGAACGGUCGCCUCCUCAGCCAUCAGUCGCGCCGUCGCCGACGCCUCAUCUGGCGACAUCAAAUCGGCGACCGAGACGCUCCUCAUGGCGAUCGAUUUGAUCAAGUCCAGCAGGGCUUCUCAUGACGACCGCUGUCGUCUUCUGGUCAACAGUCUUGAGGUUCGCAAAAAAUCGUUUACCUGAAGAAAGCGCAGUUUCAAUGCGAAUUGAAUUUUUUGACGUAAGAAGGUUUCUCACAUUACUCACACUGAAAUUCUUUUUUCAUUAGUUCUAUUAGAUAUAUCUUGUUGUCAGAAGUAAGUUUGGGACACAAAAAUUGAGUGCUUGAGGGCAAAAUUUGACGUUUAUAGAACAGAUUGUGAAAAAAAUUAUAAUCUUAACUUUAUGGAACAGCAGUUGGAGUUUGAAAAAAAGAAAUAAAUUGAUAAUCUCGGAUUUUCGGUGGGAAUUUUUACUUCAAAGUUUUCGGGAGAAACCGGAAAUUUGGUUGUUUUAAUGAUAAAUAUCGUUCAUCAUUUCGAAGUAGAAUCGCUUGAGCUCAAAAUUGCUGAAAACUCAUGAUUUUUGAAUAGAAAAUAAUUGAAUAUAUGCCUCAUUUUAUUCUUUUUCAGUAAGGCGUUUUUUUCGAAAUUUUCAGAGCAAAAAAACGAAUUUGAAUGAUUUCUCUAUAUAAAAAUAGUCGAAAAAAAAGUUGAGAUUUUUUUUUCCAAGGUGAUAGGAGUUUGUGAACAUAAUUAUUUAAAAGAAGCUUGAUUUUUUUAUUCUGGGGCAGAAUCCAAAAAAAGGCUUUUUUUAUAUUUUUCGAAUCGGUUUCGAAGCUCAAGUUCAAGGUUUUACUAAUAGGAAGAAGAUUUUUAGGUUUACGUUAAAAUAUUGAAAUUCAAGUUUAAUAACUGAUUCCCACGACUUCAGGAUACGCUGAAAGGCAUCGAGAACAAGGCGUAUCCGAGCAGCUCGCGAUCGAAGCACCGUGAUCGUUCGCGUAGUCGCGACCGUGAUCGCAAGAGAAGACGUCGCAGCCGCACUCGCAGUCGGUAAGCAUCGCAAAAAAAAAAAUGAAAUAAUAAAGAGAGUUCUGAACUUUUUAUAAAAAGUUGUGUAUAGCCUGUUCCACGCGAGCUGAAGCUUUUCGAGUGUCUGCGUCUCUCUGUUUUCUCAUCGGCGAAGUUAGAGAAAAGAGAAAAUAGCACGUAUACAUGAGAGAGUCGCAGAGAAGUCCGAAAAAAACUAUAAAGCUUCAAUCAAAUUUUCAAAAAAUCAUAUUUCUCACUUAUCAUCUUUCCAUAAACUUUAAAGGCGCAGAGAGGAACCUUUAGAAAUUAUUAGUGUGAAAAAUGGUCUUUAAACGAUUCUAUCGAACUUUGAGCUUUGCUCUAAACUUUUUAAGAAGCUGUUGCGAAUGAACUAUGCUGAAAAAAACCUUUUUUUCUAAUUUUCUCAUUUUUCAGCUCCGAUUCACGUUCUCCUUCGCCUCAUCGCUCCCGUCGACGCUAUUAAUUCCCUCAAAAUAUAUUUAUUUCCGUUUUUUGUAUUCAAACUGUACCUUGUUUCAUCUUAUUAUACUCCGUUCUUUGAUUAUACGUAAGUUUUUCCCCCAAAAAAACCAAGAAAAUGAUCGAAAUUUUCAGUGUUUCAAUUUGCGAUUCGUCACGCCGUUUUUCUUCAUUUUGGACAAAACUUCCUUUUUUAUUCGUUAAUAUUCAAAUUCGAUGAUAAUAUGGAUCUGCAUUAAGCCUACAGGUUGGUUUUUCGCUUUUUACUUCAGAAUUUUCUUUUGAACUGAAUUUUUAAUUUAUUUUUCCGGGUCUUUUUGUCUAGUUUUAUUCGAUUUCUUUGCUUUCUUACUUCUCACUUUCCUUUUCUUGAGGUUUUUUUCUCAUUCUUGAAAAUCCUAUUCAAUUUUCAUUGACUUUAUCAUGCUGAAUUUCGUAUUUUAGGUUUUAUUAAAAGAUUUUGGUUGACGAAUUGAAAUUUUCAACUUUUUGGUGGGGUUUUGGGGUCAAUUUUUGAAUUUGUUAAUUUUUCCAACUGUUUUUUCCAAGCCCAAGGCAAAGUUGUUAGCUUAUAGUAGAUCCUGUGAAAAUAAUUAAAUUUCAUCUUUUUUGCUUUUUUUAUCUCCUUUAUUUCCCAUAAAAUUUCUCAAUUUUUCACCAUUUCUCUCUAUUUCACAUUAUUUCACUUUUUCUUCUUCAUGAUUUUUUUCAUAAAAAUUAAAUUUCAUAGCGUUUUAUUCAUAUUUUUGCAUCCAUUUCAGUUAGCUACUUCCAUUGGAAUUAAAAAAAUGCAUGUUUUUUUCAAAAAUUUAUAUAUUUUUUUAUCAGCUUUCAUUGAAAAAAAUACUUUUGUUGAUCUCGAUCUUUUUUUCGGCUUGAUACAUACAAAUCUGAUUUUUUUAACUAUAAUUUUUUUGAUAUUUUUUUCUCAGUUUCUGAACAAAGAUAAGCCACCUAAACUUAAUUGUGAAAAAAAGUUUUGAAUUUUUUUUAUUCGUUUCUUGUGUUUUUUUAAAGGAGCACGGCUUGAAUCUUGAAUGAUUGAAUUUUUCAAGCCUGCGCCUUUAAUAAGGAAUAUAACCUUUUGUUAUCCCUAAUAUUUUGUGCUCGCUUAAAUUCACGUGUUCUAAUCGAUUGUAUAGGUGAAGCGAGGACGUCGAUACGGAGUUGCCGAAGCAUCAUCUGGAGCAUCGUUCGACGUCGACGGAGACAAAUCUCUUCUCACCGUAGUCCACAAUCGAUUGUUGACCUUUUUCUCGUUUUUUUGUCUUCUGAUAAAAAGUUGUGGAAUCUGUGGGAAUCCAUCAAUUGUUCAAUUUGAGAAAAGCUUCAGACUUUGGUAAGCCAUGAGUUUUUUUGUUGUAUUUUCAUUUCGGGUCUUUGGUUGUCCGCCUAUUAAAUUCAAUUUUUCCAGAACUGAGCUUGAGGGUUAUUUGAAAUUGUAAUUUUUUUCAAACUCAAAAAGAUUUUUUUCCGAAAUAACUCGAUAUUUUCAGGUACCGCGCCAGAAAAACGAGUCUUCGCCUUUCAACGUUGUUAAUCUUCUUGUUAAAUUGUCUUCACCAUACUAA